GACUGUAUUGAUUUGGAUCUUGGAAUUGGAAGUGGAAAUAUCUCAGAUAACGAUAUAACCGCCUCCUCUGGGGUAUCAGAAGCCAAGAAUGGACGUUUGAACGAAAUAAAAGCAUGGUGUGCGUCUACAGGAGAAGCUAAUCCUUAUUUACAAAUAGAACUGGGAACCAUCCAUAUUGUCUGUGCUGUGUCAACACAAGGAAAUCCAAAUGCAGAUCAGUGGAUAGAGACCUACACAAUCCAGGUAUCAACAGAUGGAACAAACUGGACAAAUUAUAAGGAACAUGGUCAAAACAAGGUACGUUUCUGCAUUCCUUCCACUUUAUCUAUGCCAACUCUUGUAUAA